AUGAAAUACGAGAUUGAGGUGAAUUUGUCAGAAACUCAUAUAAUUGAGAUGUCAAAAAUCACCCUUAGGCCAUACCAACUAUCCGAUGUCGAUGAUUUUAUGCAAUGGGCUUGUAACUCAGAAGUGCUUGAAUGCAUCCUAUUGCAACUUUGGAUAAAACCCAACUCUUCAAGGGAAGAGGUUGUAAGCUAUUUUAAUCAAGUGGUAGUCAACCAUCCAUGGUACCAAGCCAUCUGCUUGGAUGGCCGUGCCAUUGGCUUCGUCGUACUGGAAAUGCAAGCUGGUAAGUAUGACUUUGAAAGGGGUAGAGCUGAUCUAUCCUAUGCUUUAGGCCGCGAAUAUUGGGGCCGAGGCAUCUCUCCUACUGCGUUGAGGAUUGCUCUCUCUUCUGCUUUUCAUAAGUUUACUAAUCUUGUUAGGAUUCAGGCUCUUGUUGGUCCCGGAAACAAGGCGUCUGAGAGGGUGCUCCAAAAGGUGGGUUUCACCAAAGAAGGUGUCCUAAGACAGUAUGCUGUAUUAGCUGAUGGGGAGUGUUUAGAUAUUAGUAUGUAUAGUAUCUUAUCCACUGAUCCAAUACUUAAUUGA